AAAUUCCAGCCAAUGGCAGCGCAGCGCAGCAGAUUUGGAUCCGCAGCGGAAAAUCACUUUUGUCCGAAUCCGCGAAACGAAGCUGCGUCAAGAAAAACCUGCGUUUAAACGAGACACACGCGCAGUUUUCCGUCCCCGCAACAAACCGCAGAGGAAGGCGAACACGCAGCGACGGAACUGCGUGGUUCGUCAAAGGACAAGCCGCCGGGGGUUUUCACGCGUGUCUUUGCGGUAACAGAAGAAACGAUGCCGCUGCCGAGGGUGAAGAAAUCCUCAGUGUCCGCCGGGAACAAGCUCCUGAAGCUGAACUCCACCAGCUCCGAGAACCAGGAGGAAGGCCCCCAGGUGAAGAGGUCCUCCUCGCCCCCCCAUGGAGCCCCCAAGAAGAGAACAGCGUUUAUAGACAUCACCAAUGCUCAUAAGGUUCAGAUCAGUCUUCCAGGGAGGAAGAAGGAAACCACGAAGAGCACGGGGAAGAAAACCAACUCCGGCUCCGUGGCCGUGAAGAAACAAUCCCUUCUGAAGAAGUCGUCCUCUGUGAGCUCAGAGGGAGCGACGGCUGAGAAAGAGAAGACAGAGGAGGAGACACCAAAGGAUGCAGCAGCUCCAGUAGACGAGCUGGUGGCUGCUGCGCCCCCUGUUGUCCGUGAAGUGCCAGCACACCUCCAGAAACAACAAAUCCCAGCAGAGUUUGACAUCGACUCCGAGAACUCUGAGGACACGUACAUGUGUCCGGAGUACGCCAAGGAAAUCUUCGACUACCUCAAAUGGAGAGAGGAGAAGUUUGUCCUCCUUAACUACAUGCCCACGCAGCCCAGCCUCAACCCAGAGAUGAGGGCGAUCCUGAUCGACUGGUUGGUCGAAGUACAGGAGAACUUCGAGCUCUAUCACGAGACCCUCUACCUCGCCGUGAAGAUGACGGACCACUACCUGUCUCAGACUCCCGUCCACAGGGAGAUGCUGCAGCUCGUCGGCUCCACCGCGAUGCUCAUCGCCUCCAAGUUUGAGGAGCGCAGUCCGCCGUGUGUCGACGACUUCUUGUACAUCUGCGAUGACGCGUACAAGAAGGAGGAGCUCAUCUCCAUGGAGGCCAGCAUCCUGCAGACGCUGUCCUUUGACAUCAACAUCCCCAUCCCCUACCGCUUCCUCAGACGCUAUGCCAAGUGUGUGAACGCGGGCAUGGACACGCUGACUCUGGCUCGAUACUUCUGCGAGAUGAGUCUCAUGGACAUGGAGCUGAUUCCAGAGAGAGGCUCGCUGCUGGCGUCCGCCUGCCUGCUGGUGGCGCUGGUCACCAAAGACCUGGGAGGAUGGGCUCCUAUCCUGCAGUUCCACUCCGGCUACCAGACGUCAGAUUUGGCGCCGGUCGUCAGAAAACUCCACUCGAUGCUCGUGGCGCCGGUCGAUGAUAAACUGAAAGCCAUCAGGAACAAAUACUCCCACAAGGUGUUUUUUGAAGUUGCGUCCCUGCCAGUGGUGGACAUGGACAUCCUGGAGAAAUCCUUACUUCAGCAACAUAAUUAAAUCUUUCCAUAACCUGUACAUAGUUUGUUAAUAUGUUAAAUAUUUAUACACGUAGUCUGUCUUUUGUAUGACCUGUGAAAUCAAUGUUUGCUCCCCGGUUCUCGAUGAAAAAGAAUUUUAAUGUGGGAAGACGUUUGCCAGUUUAUUGUGUUCGAACCAGGUUGUUUAUAAUAAUGGAAUUUCAACCGUUGCAUUCAAGUUUUUUAGGCAUUUAUUUUAUACUUUCUUUUUUUCUACGAAGAUUAAAAAAGAAAAUCUUAAUUCGUGAGUAAUUAGUGAGGCUGUUCUGUGUUUACACAGGAUUUAAAGAGUUUUAAGAUGACGAUAGGACGGAGAAUCUGGUACACGCUUACUUUUACUGAUUGUACUCUGGUUUUCAUUGUUGGAGUUAGUGUCUAUGUGUGUAUUCGUACAAUGUACAGUGUUUAUCAUGUUAAUAUUACUGUGCUAAUUAUUUGUAUAAAAGAAGACCGGAUGAUGCGGUGCUAUUUUUAAAUGGCCGUCAUGCUUACUCUUAAAAUAAAGACGUUUUUUAUUGUG